UAAGAUACAAACGAUAACCCUAUCGAUAUCUUGUCAUCCCCAUGCAGAAAAGGAAGAAUGUUUUAAAAUUAAAACUGAAUGCAAAACAAUUGUUUUCAUCUGAGGAGCAAGUGUAAGAAUACGUUCGGCAUCACGCAUGCUGCCGUUCCCGCCGCUUUCGUUUAUCCAGUUGCUAUUGAAAACAUCAAAUUCCACUGCCAUUUGGUGCUGACGCAGAGGAAGAAGAAGCAGCUGAAUACCAACAAAAACAACACGAGCAGCAGGCCAAAUUGUUGCGUAUUGUUUUUUUCAUUGGCUGUCGGGAACGGAUUUCGUGCAAAUAGUGGUGUCCAGCAUAUGCAUAACUUAUGUCUGAUAAAAGUGCGAAGGAAUCAUGUAUCAGUCGUAGUGCGAUCUGCAGCAGCAGGCGCAAAAGAAGAAAGUGAGGCGUGGAGUAGUGUGGACAGCGAGGAGAGAUCGAAAAUCAAGCAACGUAUAUAUAUUGAAGCGCUAGCAGGCACGCAACGUGUUCUGACUGCCAUCAGUCAACUCAACGAGCUGUGUUAAACAAUGACCCAUGUCGAGGAUGUGCUAGACAACUGGGAAGAAAUCGACGAGGCAGGGCUCUCGAAGACAUUGCAAACCAAGUUACAGACAAGUGACGAAAGGCCCGCUCCCAAAAUGAAAUUGCUCCAGCGCCCGCAGAGUCUCCAGGAGAGUAACGCCAGCGGCAGUGCCAGUGGCAGCAAUCCCUCGCCAAGGCAAAUAACUAUUGCCCGCAAACCGCCUGUAACGCCGCAAGAAGUUGACCAGCCGGCUCAGCCCGUCGUGAUGGUGCUGCACAAAUCGUCGAAUGAGUACGAUGCGGCUACCUACGCCACUCCCACAAGCAAUCAGACGGUGAAGAUUCUGCGACGCCCCGCGCAGGCUGAAGAGCGCAGGGACCCGAACGGCAUGCGACCAAAGCAGCCGAUUAAAACGCUCAAGCAGCGCGAGCAGGAGUACGCCGAGGCUAGGCUGCGUAUUCUGGGUGCGGCCAAAAAUCCAGAGGAUGACAAACCAGCCACCACUAACCCCCCAGCUGGUAACAAUGGCCCCGCAGCUUCCGUGACCGCGAUGCCACCUAUCCCUCAACCUGCAGUCAGCAGCAACAACAACGUGAACAACAACAACGGCAGCCAUCCGGCCUCUGGAAUGCAUCGAUCUAGUUCGGCACCCAAGAUGUCCCAGGUGUCACCCAUGUAUAAUAACUACAACAACUACUUCCCGGGGCCGCACAAUCAGCCUGGUCUGAACUAUUACUACCCGCAACAGCAGCCACAGCAGCAAGCACCUUCGCCGCACUACAACCAACGUUUGCCGCCGUACGGAGUUGGGGGCGGGCCUGUGGGAGGCGGUGGGAUGCAAGUCCAGGCACAGGCACAGAACGCGCCAAAUCCCCAGCAGAGCUGGUCGCCCGUGGUGGGUGGCAGCGUGUCGGCCGCCUUGCUGCGUCAGCAGUCGCUGCAAUCGCCACAGCAGCAACAGCAGCAGCUGCUGGCUCAACCUUCACAUCCCUACAACGACAAUGUCCUUCGACUGCCUCGAGGUCCAUGCCCAAAUGGAUCUAUUGGCUUCCAGAUGCGUCGGUAACAGACUGCAAC